UUGAUCUAAAGGAAUUUGGAUAUGGCAGAAUAACGAUAAAUAAUAAUAUAUACAUAAAUAAUUAUCGAACUACUUUCUCCAAAAAUAGUGAAACAUUCGUUUGUGAAUUUUAUGUAAAUAUUUUCUUGACAAUAGUUUAUAACAAGUGUGUGGGCCUUGACCUUUAAUUAUAAUCAUGACACUGGGUGAGCUACGAGUCGAGAACAAAAUUCAAGCAACAACGGAAAACUGUGCACAAACAUUGAAUAUGAAUAAUAGCACAAUUUUAGAAAAAACUAAUGGAAGUAUAAAACAGAACGACGCAACGAUAUCAUUCUUACGUGCUGCACGCAGCGGAGACAUCAAAAAAGUGGUUGAUUUUCUAGAAAGUGGAGAAAUAUCAGAUAUUAAUAGUUGCAAUGCGAACGGUCUAAAUGCACUUCACUUAGCUGCAAAGGAUGGAUAUGUGGAUAUAUGCUGCGAGUUGCUGAGAAGAAACAUCAAAGUGGAUAAUGCAACCAAAAAGGGAAACACAGCUUUGCAUAUUGCAUCUUUGGCAGGGCAGCAAGAGGUUAUCAAUCAGCUUAUUUUAUCUAAUGCCAAUGUGAACGUGCAGUCUCUUAAUGGUUUCACACCGCUCUACAUGGCAGCCCAAGAAAACCACGACAACUGUUGUCGGAUCCUUCUGGCAAAUGGGGCAAACCCGUCAUUAUCUACAGACGAUGGAUUUACCCCACUUGCUGUUGCAAUGCAACAGGGACACGACAAAAUAGUAGCUGUCUUGCUUGAAACUGAUGUUCGCGGUAAAGUUCGUCUCCCAGCACUUCAUAUUGCUGCCAAAAAGAACGAUGUAAAUGCAGCCAAACUAUUACUUCAGCACGAUCACAAUGCCGACAUUGUAUCCAAAUCUGGUUUCACCCCUUUGCAUAUAGCAGCGCAUUAUGGAAACGUGGACAUCGCCAAUUUGCUUUUAGAUAGCAAAGCAGAUGUUAACUAUGUGGCCAAACAUAAUAUCUCCCCUCUACACGUGGCAUGUAAAUGGGGAAAAUUAUCCGUAUGUAAUUUGUUACUAUCUCGUGGAGCAAAAAUAGAUGCCGCGACACGUGAUGGCCUGACCCCACUUCACUGUGCGUCACGCUCUGGUCAUGUUGAGGUCAUUGGUAACUUGUUGAGUCAAAAAGCUCCUAUACUUACAAAAACCAAGAAUGGCCUGUCCGCGCUGCACAUGUCUGCUCAGGGAGAGCACGAUGAGGCAGCACGUUUAUUAUUAGACAACAAGGCUCCAGUAGACGAAGUAACCGUCGAUUAUUUGACAGCUCUUCAUGUGGCUGCGCACUGUGGGCAUGUUAAAGUAGCUAAACUGUUACUUGAUUACGAUGCAAAUCCGAAUGCCCGUGCACUGAACGGUUUUACUCCACUUCAUAUCGCUUGCAAGAAAAAUCGUAUAAAGAUAGUUGAACUGCUUAUUAAGCACGGAGCAAACAUUGGCGCAACCACGGAAUCUGGUCUGACACCUUUACAUGUUGCUAGUUUUAUGGGCUGUAUGAAUAUUGUUAUAUAUUUACUACAACAUGAGGCUUGCCCGGAUAUACCAACAAUACGCGGGGAAACACCACUUCAUUUGGCCGCUCGUGCUAAUCAGACGGAUAUUAUUCGAAUUUUGCUCCGCAGUGCAAAAGUGGAUGCUAUUGCCCGUGAAGGCCAAACGCCACUACAUGUGGCUUCCCGAUUAGGAAAUAUUAAUAUAAUUAUGUUAAUACUGCAGCAUGGUGCGGAUAUCAAUGCUAAAACUAACGACAUGUAUUCGGCGCUGCACAUUGCUGCAAAGGAAGGGCAAGAGGAUGUAGUUCAAGUGUUAUUGGAUAAUGGUGCGCAACUGAAUGCUAUUACCAAAAAGGGGUUUACUCCGUUGCAUUUAGCUAGCAAAUACGGCAAGCAGAAGAUAGUAACACUACUACUAGAAAAAGGAGCUUCUGUUGAUUUUCAGGGAAAAAAUGAUGUGACCUCAUUACACGUGGCCACGCACUAUGACCAUCAGCCCGUGGUAGAGAUACUGCUAAAAAACGGCGCUUCACCGAAGUUAUGUGCGCGAAAUGGACAAAGUGCCAUUCACAUAGCUGCCAAGAAAAAUAAUCUGGAAAUUGCGCAGCAGCUUCUGCAACAAGGUGCAGAUGUUGGGGCUUUAAGCAAAAGCGGAUUUUCUCCCUUACAUUUGGCUGCCCAAGAAGGACACGUUGAAAUGGUUCAACUACUUCUAGACUAUGGCGCUACAAAUACAGCUGCUAAAAACGGACUGACACCAUUACAUUUGGCUGCGCAGGAGGGCCAUGUUAUUGUUUCUCGGAUUUUGCUGGAACACGGCGCUAAAAUAUCAGAACGCACUAAAAAUGGUUAUUCUCCCCUUCAUAUUGCUGCCCAUAAUGGUCACCUUGAUCUUGUAAAAUUUUUGCUUGAAAACGAUGCUGACAUUGAAAUGUCUACUAAUAUUGGCUAUACACCACUUCAUCAAGCUGCUCAGCAAGGCCACAUUAUGAUUAUCAAUCUCCUACUACGACACAAAGCGAAUCCAAAUGCUUUAACAAAUAACGGUAAUACUGCUCUACACAUUGCAAGUAAUUUGGGAUAUAUAACGGUUAUGGAAACCCUUAAAAUUGUCACUUCCACAUCCAUUGCUAGUACCAAUACUGGUGUGAUUGAAGAGAAGUGCAAGGUAAUGUCUCCAGAGGUUAUGCAUGAAACCUUACUCUCCGAUUCCGAAGACGAAACUGGUGAUGAUUUGUUAGACCAUAAUCACUACAAAUACAUGGCAACUGAGGAUUUAAAAGGCAACUACAGUCAGGAUCACCAAAACUUCGAUACUACAAAUCCUGAGCAUGAUCAUUCUGAUGUGCCGGCUCCGCUAAUUUUUGACAAAGAAAUGCUACACACCUGUAUGAAAACAUCUGAAAUGGAACAAAAACCCGAUAAUGUCCCCAUAGUCCGACCCCAGAUUCAUUUAGGGUUUCUCGUAUCGUUUUUGGUGGACGCACGUGGUGGAUCUAUGCGCGGAUAUCGGCACAGUGGUGUGCGAAUUAUCGUCCCUCCAAAGGCCUGCGCUGAACCCACACGUUUAACUUGUCGUUAUGUAAAGCCGCAAAGGGUAGUCAACCCUCCUCCUUUAAUGGAAGGCGAAGCACUUGUUAGUCGUAUCUUGGAAAUGUCACCUGUCGACGGAGUGUUUUUAAGGCCAAUAACUAUAGAGGUCCCUCACUUUGGAACUCUUAGGGAAAACGAACGUGAAAUUAUUAUACUGCGUUCCGACAACGGAGAAAGUUGGCGGGAGCAUAACCUAUAUGAAAGUGAGGAACUUAUAAACGAUGCUCAUAAGGACACACAAUUUGGUGAUUUUUAUAAAAUAGAAGAAUUACAUACGGAUCGUAUCGUUCGAAUCGUUACGCAAAAUGUUCCGCAUUUUUUUGCCGUUGUUUCGCGUGUUCGUCAGGAGGUGCACGCUAUCGGACCUGAUGGUGGAACCGUUUUCUCUACGGCAGUACCGCAGGUUCAAGCUAUUUUUCCACCUCAUGCAUUGACCAAGAAAAUUCGAGUCGGUCUUCAGGCACAGCCAGUAGACCUGGUUGGAUGUUCCAAGCUGCUUGGUCAGGGCGUUGCUGUCUCACCAAUAGUCACUGUGGAACCACGACGCCGAAAAUUUCAUAAGGCAAUUACACUUAGUAUUCCUGCUCCAAAAGCUUGUACCAAGAGUAUGGUUAAUGCAUGCUAUGGCAACGGAAAUUCGAAUUCACCUACUCUUAGACUAUUGUGCUCCAUUACCGGUGGUCAAACACGUGCAACAUGGGAGGAUGUUACUGGAUCAACUCCGCUGACUUUUGUUAAGGAUAGUAUAACAUUUACAACUACAGUUUCCGCCCGUUUUUGGCUGAUGGAUUGUCGCAAUAUUGUAGACGCCGGGCGAAUGGCCACAGAACUUUACAGUCACUUGGCUAAAGUUCCUUUUCUUGUUAAGUUUGUAGUCUUUGCCAAACGCCUCUCCCAAACGGAAGCCAAAUUCUCAGUGUUUUGCAUGACUGAUGAUAAAGAGGACAAGACGCUUGAACAACAAGAAUACUUUACAGAGGUUGCAAAAAGUAGGGAUAUUGAAGUAUUGCAGGAUCAAACUAUAUAUCUAGAAUUUGCUGGUAAUGUGGUCCCUGUUUUAAAAGCAGGCGAGCAGCUUAAUACCAAGUUCCAAGCAUUUUGCGAAAAUCGGCUUUCAUUUAUUGCCCAUAUUAAAGAUCCGGAAUUUCCUCAAGGUCGCAUUUGUUUUAUGAAUAAUCCAAAAGUGGCACAUGAUGAUGUGCCACAGAAUCCGCUUUGUAGUCUAAAUGUUUCGGUAGAUAUGAAUACUAUGAAAAUACACCAGGAGAACGAUAAGUUGUAUAGUUCAAAACACGGUAUUAAUAUUCAUGGUAAAACAAACCAUAAUUACAGUAAUUCAAAAAUAAAUGCGGAUCCAGCGACUGCAGAACAAAAUAUAAAAGAAUCUAUUACCGAAGUUUAUAUGAAGUCCAGAAACAUUGAAAGAACUCAAAGGCCUGAUAUGACAUUAAUCGAUAUAUGUAGCCAUAUAGGUAGUGACUGGCCUCAGCUAGCCAAAGAAUUGGGUGUUCCCGAGACCGACAUCGAGCUUGUCAAAGCAGAGUACAUUAGUGACGACUGCGAGCAGCAGAGCAUGGUAAUGCUGCAACUCUGGCUAGAGCAUGGAGGCGUUUCAACAGGAAAUGUAUUAGCUGAAGCCCUUGACAAUAUUGGACGUGCGGACAUAGUGGAAAAGUGUAUUCAAAAUGUUGAUUUUGAUACUGAUAAAUUUGAACAAGAUCUAGGCACUAUCAGCAUUGAAAACCCAGCGGAUUGUAAAGAUCCAUCGACGACAAUUUUAGAACCUGACACAGAUAUAUUUCAAAAGGAGGAUGCACAUCUGGCAUCACCAAAAGAAAUUGAACUUAACGCAAAACUGAAUUAGGAAAUAUUACUACAGUCCUAAAUAAACAGGAACAACGUCUAAAGCCAGAAGAAGAUAUUUCAACCAAGUUUUAUUAUUUAUGUCAAAAAUCAUCGGUAGAGUUAAUUUUUCUCAAUCUUAUUUUAUUAACCCUUCUAACCAUUUAUUUGUGACUGUAACGAUCUAUAUCCUGUCUAAGAGUUAUGCAAUAUAUAAUGAAUAAAUGUUAACAGCUCUAAUAUUUUGUUUACUGUUCAAAAUAAAAAUACAAAUCUAAUAAAUUGUUUAUCCAUUUAUAAUAUAUAAA